AUGUGUCUAAACCGAAGAGCUGAUCCUGGUUAUGAGAGUGGUGCGUGGGAAUUUGUGAGGUGUGUUGGUGCAGAUUUGCGAGAGUCUGAGUUGAUCAUUUGCCCAUGUAUUGAUUGUCGCAACGUAGCUCGUCACUCAGCCAGUGUUAUUGUGGAUCAUCUAGUAACAAGAGGAAUGGAUUUGAGUUACAAGAUGAGGGAGGAUUGGUAUCACCAUGGAGAAGUAAUGUCAGGGACUGACAGUAGAAGCAAUGGAAGUGAGAAGAGGAAUGAGAUUUUAGGGUUAUACCAAGCAGCUGCCUUUGUUGAUGAAGAGUUUCUUAGGCAUGGUGACUUAAGUGAGGUUGCUGAAGGUGAAGAUAAGGCAGAAGAUGAGUUUCUUGCUAAGCUAGCCGAUGCAGAAACACCUCUGUAUCCAAGUUGUGCUAACCACAGCAAGCUCUCUGCAAUUGUUUCACUCUUUAGGAUAAAGACACAGAGUGGUUGGUCUGAUAGAAGCUUCGAUUUGCUGCUUGAGACUUUGCCACAGAUGCUACCCGAGGAUAAUGUCUUGCACACGCCCUUGUACGAAGUGAAGAGGUUUUUGAGAUCUUUUGAUAUGGGUUAUGAGAAGAUACACGCCUGUGUGAAUGACUGCUGUCUAUUCAGAAAGGAGUUUGAGAAGCUAGACAAAUGUCCGAAAUGCAAUGCUUCAAGAUGGAAUAUUAACUUGCGCACAGGUGAUGUGAAGAAAGGUAUUCCACAGAAAGUUCUAAGGUAUUUUCCCAUAAUCCCACGGCUGAAGAGGAUGUUCAGAUACCCUUCAUUUGCCGCUGAAGAAAGAAAUCUUCGGCUUGGGCUGUCCACAGAUGGGUUCAAUCCUUUCAAUAUGAAGAAUGUGAACUACAGCUGUUGGCCUGUUUUGCUUGUCAUUUACAACAUGUCACCUGAAAAGUGUAUGAAGGAGGAGAACAUCAUGUUGUCGUUGCUGAUUCCUGGUCCAAGCCAACCUGGUAACAAUAUUGAUGUGUACUUAGAACCGCUUAUAGAGGAUCUAAACCACCUGUGGGAGAAAGGAGAGUCAACGUAUGAUGCAGAUUUUCCAGCAUAUGGGAAUCUUGCAGGCUGCAAAGUAAAGGGCAAAAUGGGUUGUCCUGUGUGUGGAAAAAACACAGACAGUAUGUGGUUGAGUAACUGCAGGAAGCACAUUUAUAUGUCUCAUCGGAAAGGUCUUCCUCCCACACAUCCUUAUAGAGGAAAGAAAGCAUGGUUUGAUGGGAAAGCAGAGCAUGGGAAAAAGGGUAGAAUUCUGAGUGGUCAUAACAUAAGCCAUAUACUUAGAAAUUACAAGAAUGAUUUUGAAAAUGUGAAAGUAACUGGUAGGAAGAGGAAGAUUAAUGAGACGGUUGGAUCAGACUCCAAUACGGAUGAUGAAUCCAGUGAUUCAAAGGAAGAGGAAGAAGCAGUUGAUGAGGAAGAGCUAUCUAGAUGGAAGAAGCGGUCAAUCUUUUUCAAGUUGCCUUAUUGGGAAGAUCUACCAGUUAGACACAACUUAGACGUUAUGCAUGUGGAAAGAAAUGUUGCUGCAAGUCUUAUAGCUACAUUGUUGCAUUGUGGAAAAUCAAAAGACAGUCUUAACGCGAGAAAAGAUCUGGAACUGCUUGGUAUUAGGAAGGAUUUACAUCCUCAACCCCGUGGGAAAAGAACAUACAUUCCUCCCGCUCCUUGGUCUCUGUCCAGCAAAGAGAAGAAAGUAUUCUGCAAGCGGCUAUCGGACUUCAGAGGUCCGGAUGGUUAUUGCUCAAAUAUAUCAAGGUGUGUGAAGUUAGAAGAAUCUAAGAUAUCAGGAUUGAAAUCACAUGAUUACCAUGUCUUGAUGCAACAACUUCUCUCAGUUGCUAUUAGAGGAUUAUUACCUAAAGGUGUUAGGAUAGCUAUUGGCCGCCUCUGUGCUUUCUUCCAUCAUCUCUUUCAUCUAGCCAGGGAAGCUCGGUUAUGUGGACCAGUUCAUUUCCGAUGGAUGUACCCAUUUGAGAGAUACAUGAAAGUGCUGAAAGACUUUGUAAGAAACCUUGCAAGACCAGAGGGUUGUAUUGCUGAAGCGUAUCUUGCAGAGGAAUGUGUUAGGUUCUGCAGUCAGUUCUUGAAAAAAACAACAAGUUAUGAGGAGAAACCUGAUAGAAAUACUGAGUUCGAGAGCAGCUCUAUUCUUGAAGGUCGUCCAAUAUCUGCAGCCACUUGUCGUGUUCUUUCUGAGAAGGAUAUGAAGAUUAUACAUCUUGCUGUGAUUCAGAAUAUGGCAAUCGUCGAACCUUAUGUGGACAUGCACUUACAGCAUCUACAGGACACUAAUGAAAAAUGUAGACGUGAUGCAACAACAUUAUGGAGACUUCAUUCACAAAAAUUUGCUUCUUGGGUAAAAGACCAGAUACCUAUUAGCUUAGAGAAUCACGAGGAGACACUCAAAUGGCUGGCCUACGGUCCUCGUCUUAGCUCUAGGUCUUUCACUGGUUACAUAAUUAAUGGUCUGCGGUUUCACACGAUUUCAGUUGACAGGCAAAGUCAGAACAGUGGUGUUCUAUAUGAGGCAACAGCUAUGUGUAGAUCUAGUGCAAAAGCCACUUCGCAGAUGGUUGAUUUGGUAACAUACUAUGGCAGAGUGUUGGAGAUUCUGCUGAUCGAUUACAAUACCUUUUACAUUCCUGUAUUUCGCUGUCAGUGGGCAAAUAUAGGUAACGGAGUGAAGGUUGAAGAUGGCUUCACACUAGUCAACCUCAACCAAAGUCAAAUGGCUUUUGCAGCUGAUCCAUACAUCCUCGCCUCACAAGCAAAGCAACGUAACAAAUUCAAGCCAAAUAAAAAAAUCCAGCUGCUGGAUCUGUCUGAAAACAAGGUGAUCGUCGCUGAAGGACGUUGGUCUUCGAGUAAUCCUGAGCAUCUUGUCCACUUUCAGCGUUUGGGGCUUGGUGCUUGUAGAGUCUUUGUGGAUGUUGUGAAGGUGAAAGAUGCAUCUGUGUGGAGGACUUCAUCUGAGAUUGAGUAUAUGGAAGAUGCACUUGGAAGCGCUCUUGCUUGGCCAGAGGAUAAAAUUAUAACGGUUUGA